AUGCAGCUGCGACAGCGGGCUCUGGAAGUAAUGUCCGCGGAGGCCAGUGGCUAUGCAGCUCUUGCCGACAUCCUGCGCCGGGAUUUGGCUGCCUUGGCGGCUUCUUCGGGCGUCGAGGUUCCUGGUGAUUCCUCCCUGCCACACUUUGCUGUACGCUUGAACGACCUGGCAAACUUGGAGGAGGCACUGGAGGGCCAGAAGGGAGCACCCAGCCGACAGGAGGAAGGCAUUUUUCAAAGAUCAGCUGUUCGAUCACAGCAGCACGGGGCGAGCGAACAUCGGCGACCGUCAACCGACAUCUCCAAACGGCCGCGGGCAACGUCGGAGGAGGCACUUCUCGAAGCCGAUCUUGCAGCUGCGCUGGCUACAGCCCAGCGUCUCCUCAAGCAGGAUGUUAGCGAGGUGGUGAAGAACAUGGAGUCCCCUAGAGUCGGCCCGGCAGAACCUCCGAUGCAGCCUGACCAGCUGGCUCUGCAGCAAGGACUCCUUCAGUUGGCACGUGGGCUGGAUGCCAAAGCUCUUGUACAUAGUGGUGACAAAGUUCCCGUCAACUUGGCCGUCAAUCCAGACUACACGGUGAAUGUUAAGGUCGCUGGGGAGUCUCGUGCCUUCCAGUUGACCAGCAUUGAUGAG